AUGCCUGGGGCUGGGGCGGCAUCGCCGGCUUUUGGCUCCGCCUGGCCCGAGCCCGAGCCCGGCCCCGUCCCCGACGCAGGGUCCAGUCCCGGCCCCGACCCCGACCCCGAGCCCGGCCCCGGUCCCGGCUCCUCCCGGGGCCCGCGGAGGACACAGGCGGCGCAGCCGCUCCCGCCGCCUCCGCUGCGGCUUGCCCGGCCCGAGCUCCGCCGCUCGGCAGCGCGGCCGCCGGGGCGGGUGGGGAUGCCCGGGAAGGCGCAGGAGGCCCUGCAGGAGCGGUACCGCCUGGGUUCCCUGCUGGGGCGCGGCGGAUUCGGCAGUGUCUGCUCGGCGACGCGGCUCUCGGACGGCGCCCCGGUGGCCAUCAAACGCGUGCCGCGGGAUCGCAUCCGGCACUGGAGCGAGCUGCCCGACGGCACCAGCGCGCCCCUGGAGAUCGUGCUGCUGGCCAAGGUGUCCUGUGGCUGUGCUGGUGUCAUUCAGCUGCUGGAGUGGCUUGAGCUCCCCGACAGCUUCUUGCUGGUGAUGGAGCGUCCAGAGCGGUGCCAGGAGCUCUCGGGUUUCCUGGUGGAGCGGAGGUUCCUGCCGGAGGAGGAGGUGCGGGGGCUGUUCCGCCAGGUGCUGGAGGCCGUGCGGCACUGCACCAGCUGCGGGGUCCUGCACAGGGACAUCAAGCCCGAGAACAUCCUGCUCGACCUGGCCAGCGGGCAGCUGAAACUGAUUGACUUUGGCUGUGGCGCCUUCCUCCAAGACACAGCCUACACCCAGUUUGCAGGAACCCUGGCCUACAGCCCUCCAGAGUGGACCCAGCACCAAAGCUACCAUGGCGAGGCAGCGACGAUCUGGUCCCUGGGCCUCCUGCUGUACCAGCUGGUCGUGGGGAAGCACCCGUUCAGGAGGGGCCAGGAGAUCAUCUGGGGGCGCAUCUUGUUCCCAGCACGGCUCUCUCAAGAGUGCCAAGAUGUCAUUAAGCGGUGUUUGUCCAUGCAGCCCUCGGACAGGCCAUCAUUAGAAGAGCUUUUCUGCCAUCCUUGGGUGCAGGGUGCUCCUCAGCCCUAGAAGAUGGGAGAGAUCCAUGUGCACAGUUGGAUCCAGGGGCCUGGCAGGUACCAGCUCCACACAUCUCUUGGCACUCAGUGGCAAAGCAAACCAGACUGGUUUUGUCCUGCCUGUAGCUCUGAGCAGGGGUCAGCAGAAGGGAACAAGCAGCUCUUGGGCGGGAGCUGAGCUGGAGAUCUGGUGUGGCAAGCACUGGUGGCCACCAUCCCCCCGGUUUGUUUGUCUGGUUCAUGGAUGGCUGGGGCCCUGGGCAGAGCCCUGACAGCCUGGUCUGUUCCCAGGGAAGGAGAAGGAGCUCCUGGAGAAGCUGUACCAGGUGGGGCUGCUGCUGGAGACAGCAAGGACAACCUCAAGGACAGCAGUCUCUUCCUUGGCCUGGCCAGCUGAAGAAGAUGGACUUGGAUUCUGGCACCUUCUCUAAAGACACACUCCACACCCAAUUUGCAGAGGUGCCACAAGUGGGCCAAAGCUGGCGAGUGGGCCGUGUCCCUGAGGCAGUGCAGUCUGGAGCUGAUGGAUGGAGAAUUGCCUUUCUGCACUCCCAAACCAGAGGAAAAAUCUGUAAGUGGGACUUUGUGUCUUUAAGAAACCCCUGACAGUUUCAAAGGGAAUGUGCAGCUCAUUCACAGGGUGAGAAGGAAGGGCAUCUUCUGAAAGGUUUGGGGUUUGACAGAGGUUAUAUUCCCAGUGCUGCUUGGAGCUGGAAGGGCACAAAGCAAUUUCCCAUUGCUUCAACCACAAUUUAAAAUAACAAUGUUGGAAACAAAGCCCAAAAACUUUUUAAAAAGGCUGCUGAGGUCAGUAAGAUGGAUCCAUGCCAUCAGCACAUUCACAAAGUAAUGUAUGAAAAAAAUUACUGAGUUUUCUUCUUCAAAAGAUCAUUUGCCUCUUAAUACAAAGUCACAAAAGAUUUUUCACUGCACA